AUGACUAGCAGUUGUCAUAUAUCUCGUCAUGAGUGCAUGGAUCUUUUAUUAUCAGCUCUAAAAAAUAUAGAUCGGAAAUCAGGCCAUGUCUUCGUAUAUGGCAUGGCUGGAAGUGGAAAAACGACGAUAGUUAGCAAAGCUAUACGACAUUUAGUAAGCAAUAUCAACGAUUUGCCUUAUGGAGCAUAUUGGAUUCACAUAGGUAAUAUUGACCAAGAAACAUUAUUUGAGACUUUAAGAUCUUUAUGCCUUCGUUUACGAAUGUCUGCGGACGAACUGCCACAAAAGCUGCAUCAAGUUGUUAAAUGCCUUAAUCAGUUUUUAAAAAGAAACAGGAAAACUUCCGAAUCAGUUUUCAUUUUCGAUGAUGUUUGGGAUGCUUCCUACUUUAGAUAUUUUCAGUUUGCUUCGAAAUCGAUUGUGAUAACGCGUAACGUUGAUCCAGAAUUAAAAUUAAACUACACUCUAGUCAAAAUUCCGAAUUUUACCUAUGCAGAAACUGUACAAAUCUUAAGCUCGAAGGGCAAGCAACCUAUGAUUAGCAAGAAGCAUCAUGCAAAUUCCCAUCAUGCCGAUCAAUAUAUGGAGAUUUAUCAAAUUUAUUUAGGGUUACCUCUCGCUGUAUCUAUUAUUAGACGAAUUGAAUUUCAUGAUCGAUAUAAAUGGAAUGAUAUCAAAGCAAUAAUUGAUGAAGAAGAGAUCAGUAUUGGGCGUCACAAAUCAUUAAAUGAUAAAUUAGAUGUCUUAAUAUCAUGUGCUUUAAAUAAUUUAUCAGAAGAGAGAAGGGAACUGUUUAGGCUGCUGGGCGUUUUUCGUAGUAUAAGGAUUCCCAUCAGUAUGAUUACCAUUUUGUGGAAUUAUUCUGAACAUGAAACUAUAAAACUUCUUCAACAGCUACAAGAGAGAUCGUUGCUGACAUAUUAUCAACAAUUAGACCAUCGAAAUAUAUUAAGGGGCUAUUGCUUACUACAUAAUAUUGUCAUGGAUUAUCUCCAAAAAUCUAUAGAUGAAGAAAGUUUGCAUAUUUCUUCUUCAAAUUCUAUGGUUAAAGCAUUGAAUACGGUUUUAAUCACCAAUACAGAAUUGAAAUAUGGUUAUGAAUGGUAUCGUCAUGAGGAUGACGGUUAUUUCUACCGAUAUAUUAUCGACCAUGCUCUGCAAGCAUCAGCAUAUAAAAUAGUAGAAAUACUAUUGACAGAUAUAAAAUGGAUUAAUGCAACUGUUAAAAUUUGCAAAACUGUUUGGGGCUUACUAUUCAAUCUACGAGUUAUUUAUCAACAUGUAUCAGUUAAGGAGUCUCAGGAUAAAUUAAAUCAGUUCUAUCAGCUAUUACAACAGUAUGGGAUUUUUCUUAAUCAAGAUUCAGUGGACUUUAUACAAUUUCUUCUAAACUGGCUUAGUAAUGAUAGUCCUGUCUACGAACAGGCUUAUCAGAUUGCUAGAACUCUUCAAGCAAAUUCUGCAAGUAUCUAUUACCACUUAAUCUAUUCUGACAUUGAGCCAAGUCAACAAAUUUCUGCAACAUCAUUAAUUAUUCCUGAAAAGGUUUGGAAUGUAACCUCUAGAAUGUCGCAAGCAAAUAAUAUGCAUUCGCCGAAUCGAGGAAUUAAAACCGUCAAUUCUAAAAGGAGUAAACAAGAUGGUGAAAUAAUAGCGUCGGAUUUCGAUUUUAUUGAUAACUGUCCUAUUGUAGUUAAUAUUAUUAAAACAGAAGAUAAUCAUAUAAAAGUCAAGGUACGUCGUGGAGAGACAUUAGAAUCAGAAAAGAGUAGCAUGUUAGAUAUUUAUGGGCCUCAUGAUUCUUCAAAAUUUGAUGUCCGCUUGAUUGGGGACUUAAAAGGAUUUAUUGUUAUCGAGAGAUAUUUAUGCAAUAAUAAUUGUUGCCUAGAAAACCUUGAUGUAAAUCAUUGGCAUAUAAUAACUAGUUUCAAAGAUGUCGCUGAAAUCGAGGAUACCCAUGAUUUGAUGAUUACAAUGAUCAAACGAAGUAGUGGACGAGUUGUUGCAUGCUUUUGUCGCUAUAAUGAGGAAUAUUCGCAGCGAAGACUGACUUAUAUUGAUGACCAACAUGCUAUAUUUUAUUAUCGCACGUGGAAGGAUCAACAGUUUUUAAAGGUUUUUCGACUAGCUCACGAAACAGUUUAUGAGGUCUAUCAAACUUUAUUCAUGAAAUAUUGGCGAGAUAGUAUCUAUGCAUGUAGAAUUUUAGUAUCUCCAGAUGAAUUAGACAUUUACGUAACUGAUAUUUAUGAUAUUGAGAAUGAAUCAAUUAUGAAAGAAGAGCUAGGUGAUCAAGACUUUAAACAACUUGAUAGUGCUUCUUUGCGCCCAGGUGGUGUUUAUUUUCUUGUCCGAAAAGGAGAAGAAGUUGUUAUAUACGAUGAAUAUCCAUGGCUAGUAUUGAAAGCCAACGAAACUCAGUACAUUAACUGUAAUUUUCCACUUGACAAGGUCGAUCGCUUAUGGUUUAAUAAGUUGUUUGUAUUUAUUCAAGAGAGUAAAGUAUACAUAUAUAAUAAUUUUAAUUUUGAAUUGUUACAAAUUUUCGAGUCUCCAGUCAUUCAUAAUUCUCGUAAAGUUAAAGGCAGUAGAAAUCUGAAUUAUUUCAUUUGCCGUGACCGUGAUUACGGCUAUAGCAUCAUUAAAAAAAUUAGUUGA